AUGAUGGGCAGUAAGAUGGUAUCUGCUAGCAUGGUCUUUGAGGUAGUCAAGCCACAUACUCCAUUAGUAAGUUUCUCUAACAGAAGAGACCAUUCUAAACCAAAUGUAUCAGAAGUUUUGAGAUUGGCAGCACUACCAUCUAAUGCUUCUUCAAUUUCACAGCAUUUUAAGGGAAAUAAAUUGCCAGAUUGGCUGAUGCAUCAGAAUCCACCAGACACUGCAGAAAUAAUAAAAACAUUACUUCAGAAAUAUAGAAGGAAACCUAUGUCUCAAGAAGAAAUUGAAUUUAUACAACAUGGAGGUCCAGAAUAAUCACUGACACUGGCUGCUGUUUGUCAUCAGACAAAAGGAUAGCCUUUAUAGUAAAAGACUUCAAACAGGACAAAUGAGAAAUUGUACACUAAACAACCUUAAUAAAUAUUCUGUAAACAAAAAAACUAUAUAGGAAAUUUAGAUGGACACUUAUAUAAUUUGUGUAUCUUGGUCAGCUCCUCCACAAGCUUACCUAAUUGUUUAUAUACUUUAUACUUAUUAAAAUGCACAUUUUAAAAUGUUAGCCUAUUAAUUUACUCUUGAUUAUCAAGUAUUACCAGUGUUGAACUAUUAAAAACACAGGAUAUCUAGUUAAACCAUCAUAGGCUUCCCAUAAUUUCACUUUUCUUUCAGUUUAUGUUUAGACUUGAAUUUAUCAGUCAGAAUUGCUGCUUUUUGGAAGUGAUUUUCCUGAAAUUGGAUGACAAUCAGUGAUAUAAUUGCUCCAUUAUUUAUUCUUAAUUCUCUUAAUGUUUUUUUCAUUCACAAAGUUACUGGAGUAUAACUGGUUUAAUAAGCACAUCCUACUCUGAAUGAUAAAAAUAUAGCCAAAGUAAAACCAGUGACUUUGUGGUAGUAAGACUGGGGAGUUAACACAACAGAUCAUUUGUCAGCUAUUUUUAG